GGGAGUGUAACUUAGCGAAGUCCGAGGACCUCGAAAACCCAGCAGCUUUCCUUUUGUCUCCUAGAAACUUGUGUUCUUUGGGGACAAACGGGUUAAGUGAGACUGGGAGGCAUCAUCAACUGUCUCCGCGGGAUGAGAGAAGUUGAGCUGGACUGACCAUUAUGGAGGAGGAGCUGCAGCAUUCACACUGUGUGAAUUGUGUCAGUAGACGGUGUAUGACCAGACCAGAGCCUGGGAUUUCCUGUGAUUUGAUUGGUUGUCCUUUGGUUUGUGGAGCAGUUUUCCAUUCUUGUAAAGCUAAUGAGCACCGACUUCUGUGUCCAUUUGAACGAGUGCCUUGCUUAAAUAGUGACUUUGGAUGUCCUUUUACCAUGACCCGAAAUAAAGUUGCUGAACAUCUUGAAAUGUGUCCUGCAAGUGUGGUAUGCUGUACUAUGGAAUGGAACCGAUGGCCAGUUAGUUAUGCGGACCGGAAAUCAUAUGAAAAUCUAAGCAGAGAUGUUGAUGAAGUGGCUCAAUUAGAUAUGGCCUUGGCUCUUCAAGACCAAAGGAUGCUCUUAGAAUCUCUCAAAGUAGCCACCAUGAUGUCAAAAGCUACUGAUAAAGUAUCUGAACCUAGAGAACAAAUCUCAGUUAAAUCCAGUGUCUCUGAAAUACCACAUGCUAAUGGUUUGGUAUCUGUUGAUGAAGAAUCUUAUGGUGCACUUUAUCAAGCUACUGUAGAAACAACCAGAAGUUUGGCUGCUGCUUUAGAUAUCUUGAAUACUGCCACAAGAGACAUUGGCAUGUUAAAUACAAGUCUUCAUACUACCCCAGAUGAAAUGAAUGAAGAACAAAAUGACAGAGAAAGUUUGCAGGAUAGAAACUUGAAAGACCAGGAUCAUCCUUAUGAGGAUGAGAUAGGGGCAGUAGGUGGAAUCGACCGUACUGGCAUAAGUCAGAAUGCCCAGUCUGAGCAAAAUGGUUCAAGUGAUUUAUUGUGUGACUUGAAUGCAGGUUCUUAUGGCACUUCUGUUCUUUGUAAUGGCUUUCCUUUGGAAAAUGUAUGUACACAGGUCAAAGACCAGGAUCAGAAUUUUCAAGUUGAUUCAAAACAAAGUAGCUUAACAAAUGGAGAAUGUGUGGCAUCAGAUGGUACUGCAGAAUCUUCCAGUUCACUUUCAGUAGCAGCACAACUUAGAGAAGUAAUACCCUCCAGUGCUUUACCUAAUGGCACCGUUCAGCAUAUCCUCAUGCCAGAUGAUGAAGAUGAAGGAGGACUGUAUUGGAGAAAAGUAGACUUAGGGGACUUGAGGAAUGUGGAUGUCUUAUCUUUCAGUCAUGCUCCUUCAUUCAAAUUUCUUUCUAAUUCAUGUUGGUCUAAACCAAAAGAAGAUAAAGCAGUAGAUACAUCAGAUUUGGAAGUUGCUGAAGAUCCUAUGGGCCUCCAAGGAAUAGAUCUGAUUACAGCAGCAUUACUGUUCUGUCUAGGAGAUUCUCCAGGUGGGAGGGGUAUAUCUGAUAGUCGCAUGGUUGAUGUAUAUCAUAUUGACUUUGGGACGCAGACUUUUUCGCUUCCAUCUGCAAUAUUAGCUACAAAUACAAUGGUUGGGGAAAUAGCUUCAGCUUCAGCUUGUGAUCAUGCCAAUCCCCAGCUUUCAAAUCCAAGUCCUUUUCAGACACUUGGGUUGGAUUUAGUAUUGGAAUGUGUUGCUAGGUAUCAACCUAAGCAGCGUUCAAUGUUUACCUUUGUGUGUGGACAGUUAUUUAGAAGAAAAGAAUUUUCUUCACAUUUUAAGAAUGUACAUGGUGACAUUCAUGCUGGACUCAAUGGCUGGAUGGAACAGCGGUGCCCUUUAGCCUAUUAUGGUUGUACUUAUUCUCAGCGUAGAUUUUGUCCAUCAACACAAGGAGCAAAGAUUAUACAUGACCGUCAUUUGAGGUCAUUUGGAGUUCAGCCAUGUGUAUCUACAGUAUUAGUAGAACCUUCUAGAAACUGUGUGUUGGGAUUACAUAAUGACCAUCUAAGUAGUCUUCCCUUUGAGGUCCUACAACAUAUUGCAGGCUUUCUCGAUGGCUUCAGUUUAUGCCAGCUCUCAUGUGUGUCCAGGUUAAUGAGGGAUGUGUGUGGCAGUCUGCUUCAGUCUCGUGGAAUGGUCAUACUGCAGUGGGGGAAAAAGAAGUAUCCAGAAGGAAAUUCAUCAUGGCAGAUAAAGGAAAAGGUAUGGCGAUUCAGUACUGCAUUUUGUUCAGUUAAUGAAUGGAAAUUUGCUGACAUCUUAAGCAUGGCUGACCACUUGAAGAAAUGCAGUUACAAUAUCAUAGAGAAACGGGAGGAAGCAAUCCCAUUGCCAUGUAUGUGUGUGACUCGAGAACUCACUAAAGAAGGACGUUCACUACGCUCAGUUUUAAAACCUGUACUUUAAAAACUAACUACCUGCAUACACAUGCAAACACCUAGUAUAAUUUCUUUGUAAUAUGUGAUACUUUAUUAAUGUAUUAAAGAGUACAGCUAGAUAAAUGUAAUGUCAUUAUGUAUAUAUAUGUUUUGAAGUGAUAUAUAUUUUUAUAAAGUACUGUUUAGUUGGAAAAAUAAUCGCCUUAAUGUUUGAAAUGUGUGGCAUUUUUGGAACUUGCUGGACAGGGUGAUUUAAUCUUAGUUACAUAAUUUUCAGAAUUAGUAUUUUUGAUGGUGUGCAUAUUUUGGUUCUUAAAUGUUUUGCUUCUUAAAACUAACAAGAUCCUGACCAAUUUAUUCCUCAUGUUUUCUAUGGGUUAAGCCCACACAAUCAAAAAAGCAAAACUUUGAUUCAAAUUUUUGCUGCAUAGGUUUUUCAGAUGAACACUUUCAAUUGCUUAAGCACUGCCCUAAGAUCCUUAUAAAGUUUUUUAUUAUCUGGUUGUUCCCCUCUGACAAUUAUUGAUGCACAGAUGAUCUCCAGUAUACUUACAUAAUAUUUAAAAUUACAACUAGUGUUUGGUAAUGCUAUUUAUAAUGUUUUAAAUAUAAUUCACAAAGAUGUUUUCAUCUUAUGUUCUUAAAACUUAUACAGAGUGACCACAGGCAGCUUUCCUUUUUAUUAAAUGCCACAUCCAGAGAUUUGUGGCCAUGUGUUUUAUGGCAGGUUAAAGCAAAAACAUGCAAACAAAAAACAAGCCAGUGAAUUUAAUUGGAAACCAUUCAUGUUAUUGUGUAUUUGCUAAACAUUUAAUGUUUGAACAAAAAUAUACCUCAUUUUAAGUUUGAAUUUGGCAUAUUUUGCAAAUACAUUUCAAAUAUUCAGAAUGCAAAGGGCUUAACUUUUUCAUAUGCAUUUUAAAAUUUUGCCUUUUGUAGUUUAUAAAAAUACAGCUAUAUUGUCUAUAUUGUUUUAAGACAUUUAAAAAUGUGAAUUUAAUGUUGUCUUUGUAAGAUAUCCUGCAGAGACCUGCAUAGUUUGACAAUCUCUCUGAAACAUUUCCAAGUUAAUUUCCUAUACACUUCUUUACCAGAAAGUAAGAGUUGUAUCUUCAUGAAAAGAUCCAGGGAGGAUAGAGAAAUAUUCAAAAGCCUAUUCUUGAAGUAUUUUAUUAUAGUUUUAUACUGUUAACUUGAUGUGGUCACUUUAAAAAUGAAUAAAUUUGCUGUAUCAGUAUUUAGGAAACAUUGCAAAGAUGGAGACAUAUACUUAGAUAAUUUGUCUUAGGUAAAUUCUGGCAUGUGGUAAGCUAAAAUGGUGAUGCACUUCCUGGUUAUAAAUGUCAACGUUGAAUUAUAUUUUUACUUCCUACAUUUGUCCCUAAGAGUGCUUUAUGGUCACUGGUCCAUGAUUCCCAUAUAUGGCAAUCAGGAUGGGCAGAGGUGUUACUUGGGCAGUAAAGAAUUUUGAAUUGCUGAAGAUUUGUUUUGGUUGGAUCAAGUUCUUAUUAUAGUUCAAAAAUAUAGGAUUAAAGACUCAUCAGUUGUUUUGCCUCAGCUCUCAUUUUAAUUAGUAGAAUACUUACUUCUCAGUGCUUAACUAUCAUUUUAAUUCUGAGAUUGAAUGGCAUAAGAAGUCUCUAUUUCUGUGAAAAAGUCAGAAACGAGAUAUCAAAUACUAUAAGGUAUUACUCUGCCUUUUGUUAAACUUUUACUGAAGAAUGUGUUUGUGGUUAGCCUAGCACAGGCAUUAACUUUUUGUUUUAUGGUUGUGCUUUUAAAAAUCCAUUGUUUUUAGGUUUAGAUUUGUUAUUUCCACACUGAAUCAUGAAAUAUUUAACAUUUUUCCACCUUAUAUUUCUUUUACACAUCUUUCCCUGUUCUCUUUUUUGUUGUGCCACCAUAUCAUUUUGUUAAAAUGUUUUCUCUGUGCAACAUUUGUUUAAGUUCUAAUAAAAUUAAUAUUUUCCC